CCUCUAUGCGGACCACCCAACCAACCACCCACCCGGCCCUUCCUGAGCUCUAGCAGCCUGCCUGCUCAGAGCAGAGGAGCCUGGACGGCUUUCUGCGGGAGGACUGAGCGUCACUGGAUCGAGCGGACAACUUCGCGGUGUUUUCAGCUGCACGAUCGGCUAAAAGGAACCGGAGACCCGGCUCCAGUCCGACUGCAGAAUAAGAGGUGUGCCUGUUUGCAUGCAGCGCGAUAAGGUGAAGAAGCUCCAGCAUCCAGAAGAAUCAGAUGUGAGCCAUGAAGCAUCUUCUGCUGGCUAACACUGCGGGCUGCCUCCCUGCUGCAGCCGUGUGGGACACAUAGCGAUAAAUGGUGUGGAGGGCGACCACGGCGGAACAAUAGCGGGAUUCAGCGGCUUUGGACCGAUCCAGUGUCCGCCUUCAGCCGCCGGACCGAACCGCGAUCUGGCUUUUCUGAACCCGCAACAUCAGGCUACAGGAGACAAACAGGAUGGCAGUAUGAUGGGAUAGAUUUGAAUAUGGGUCAAUGGGCAGGCAUGCAAGUUCCUCUCCUCAGCCUGAGUCUGCAGCUCCUAUUAUUGAUAUUCAAGCCAACAGCCAGCCAUACCCAUGAAACUCCUCAGGAUGCAAUCAACUUCAGCUUCCCCCAUUCUGUCUAUCAUGCAACAGUUUAUGAAAACUCAGCAGCACGCACCUAUGCCAACAGUAAAAUUAAAAUGGGCAUUCAUCUUUUCAAAAGGUCCUGGGAAAUUCGAUACAGAAUUACCUCUGGGGAUGAAGAAGGGCUUUUCAAAGCAGAAGAUUACGUUCUGGGAGACUUCUGUUUCUUGCGAAUACGGACCAAAGGGGGCAAUGCAGCCGUCUUAAACCGGGAGAUUCAAGAUAACUAUGUAUUGACGGUAAAAGCCUAUGUUAAGGGAGAGGCUCUUCUUGAGACCUGGACUAAAGUCAGUAUCCAAGUUCUGGAUAUGAAUGAUCUCCGCCCCCUGUUUUCCCCCACCACAUACUCUGUGACCAUAGCAGAGAGCACUCCUCUCAGGACUAGCAUAGCGCAAGUUACUGCCACAGAUGCAGAUAUCGGCUCCAAUGGAGAGUUUUACUUUUUUUUCAAGGACAAAAUGGAUUUGUUUGCAGUACACCCAACCAGUGGAGUGGUUUAUCUUAGUGGAAAGCUCAAUGUUGAUGAACAGGACCGGUAUGACUUAGAAAUUAUGGCAGUUGACCGUGGCAUGAAGUUGUACGGAAACAAUGGGGUUAGCAGCACAGCCAAGCUUUUUGUCCAUGUAGAGCGGAUUAAUGAGCAUGCUCCAGUUAUGACUAUAGUCACCCACAGCACCUCUAGGUGGGACAAUAAUAGUCUGUUUGCCAUAACUAUAGUUGAAGACCUGGAUGAGGGCUUAAAUGGGGAAAUUGAUUCAGUCAGCAUUAUUGAUGGGGACCCUUCAGGACAGUUUUAUAUAGAAAAGCAGGAGGAAAAGGAAUUUGCCAUUAAAUCUACCAAGAGAAUGAAGUGGGAAGCUUUUCCUGAUGGUUGUAACUUAACUCUGCAGGCUAAGGAUAAGGGGUUUCCUCCCCAGUUGUCCCCUCCACAGGUUCUCCAUAUAACGUUUCCAAAACAGCAGACAACAGAGGUUAAAUUUGAGCAAGACUUCUAUGUUGUUAGUCUUAGUGAAAUUUCCCCACCUGGCACGAUUGUGGGUUUUUUUAAGAUCCGGCCAGAACCUGAUGAUGCAGAGUAUAUCCUAACACCUUCUGCAGACUCAGGCUUUUUUAAAAUCAAUACCUUAACAGGUGUAAUCUCCACCUCUCGCUGGUUGACUCAUGCAUCCAAGGAUAUCUUCAAUCUUGAGGUAUUGGAAGUGGACAGCAAUCUCAGAGCUAAAGUGCAGAUAACCACUCAAGAUGCCAAUGAUAACACACCUAAAUUUUCCCAGCCUUUUUAUGAGGUUUCUGUAAAUGAAAGUGUACCAGUUGGGACCAAGAUAUUAACAGUCUCUGCAGCUGAUGAAGACAAAGGGGAAAAUGGAUAUAUCACCUACAGCAUUCACUCUGUGGAGCAGCUACCCUUCAAAAUUAACCAAUUUUCUGGUGUUAUAAGCACUAAUACAGAUCUAGAUUUUGAAGCUUGGCCAGAGGUGUUUGUGUUUGUUGUGAGAGCCUCUGACUGGGGAUCGCCUUACAGACGAGAGAGUGAAGUCAGCGUAACAAUCCACCUACAAAAUGUAAAUGAUAAUAAGCCAUUGUUUGAAAAAGUAGCAUGCAAGGGGGUGAUUUCAGUGGACUUCCCAGUAGAUGAAGUGAUAACCACAAUGUCUGCCAUUGAUAUAGAUGAGUUAGAGUUAGUCAAAUAUAAGAUCAUUUCAGGAAAUGAGCUGGGGCUUUUUGACCUCAACCCUGAUUCAGGAGUUCUUUCAUUGCGUAAAUCCCCUUCUACGUUAAAUCCUAACUUAAGUAUUUUAAGUUUAAAGAUAACUGCCACGGAUGGUGAAAACUUUUCCGAUCCUAUGUUUGUCAAUAUAUCACUUGUACACGGAAAAUCUCUUUAUAAACAUUUUACAUGUAAAGAAACUAAUGUGGCACAAAGAUUAGCUGAAAAGUUACUUAAAAAGUCCAAAGCUAGUACCAAGCCUAAAAUUGAGGAAGGCUUUAUUGACCUGUUCUCUGUCAAUCGGCAAACACCUCAGUUUGAUAAAGCUUUCCCCACAGAUAUCGCUGUCCAGGAGGACUUAACGGUUGGCUCAAGUGUUUUUAAGGUUAAUGCAUAUGAUAGUGAUACAGGUUUUAACGGUCAGAUUCUGUACUCUAUUUCAGAUAGAAACAUUGAUAAUUGCUUUAACAUUGACCUGCACACUGGUCUGAUCACUGUUUUGCUGCCUAUGGACAGAGAAAAGAGAGAUCACUAUAUCCUCAACGUCACGAUUUAUGACCUCGGCCUCCCACAGAAAGCGGCUUGGCAUUUGCUUACUGUCCACAUAGUGGAUGCAAAUGAUAACGCACCUCAGUUUUUGCAAGAAGGUUAUAGAAUAGUCAUACCUGAAAACACUGCUAUUGGCACAAUAAUAAUCCAGGUUGAGGCCACUGACAAAGACCUUGGAGCCAACGGGAAGAUUGUUUACUCUCUCUUGACGAGCACGACACAGUUUGACAUUAACUCCACCAACGGGAUCGUUUAUACCACUGGCCAACUAGACAGAGAGUUAGUUCCUACCUAUGACUUGAAGAUUAAAGCUCGAGACAGUGCAGAAAAAGGAAAACGCAAGUCUUCAGUCACCAUUUUGAAAGUUAUUUUGGAGGAUGUGAACGACUGUCCACCACUAUUUAUCCCUGGUGUUUUUAAAGCCAGGGCGCUGGAGGAUCUUCCUUUAGGAACAGUUGUGGCCUGGAUCGAAACUCAGGACCCAGAUCUCGGGUUGGGGGGACAAGUUCGGUACUCUCUGGUUAACGACCACAAUGGGUGGUUUGAGUUAGACCGGAACAGCGGAGCCAUACGACUGACUAAAGAACUGGACUAUGAAACUCAGCAGUUCUACAAUCUCACAGUAAAAGCCAAAGACAAAGGAAAACCUGUGUCUCUUCUGUCUGUCACCUUUGUGGAGUUGGAAGUCAUCGAUGUUAAUGAAAACCUCUAUUCUCCAUACUUUUUACACUUCGCCUUAACUGGAACAGUUGAAGAGAAUGCUCCUAUUGGAACUACUCUACUUCAAGUUGGUGCUGAAGAUGACGAUGCCGGUAGAGAUGGAGAGAUCCACUACUCCAUUCGUGAUGGGAGCGGGCUUGGACGAUUUGCCAUAGAUGAGGAGACAGGUGUGAUCUACACCACUGACACAUUGGAUCGGGAGACUAAGGACUCUUAUUGGCUGACAGUUUAUGCCAGUGACCGGGGUGUUGUUCCCCAGUUCAGCACUAUUGAGGUGUUCAUUGAGGUGGAAGAUGUUAAUGACAAUGCCCCACUGACCUCAGAGUCAUUGUUUCGAUGCUCAGUACCGGAAAAUUCUCCCCGAGAUGUUUUUGUAAUUCAGAUUCAUGCUCAGGAUCCUGAUGUCUCACCUCCUUCCUCUGCUGACCAGCUAAGCUUUCGCAUUGUUAGUGGAAACCCACAAAACUUUUUUACCAUCAACUUUCACACGGGACUGAUCACUACAACCUCACGAAAGCUGGAUCGUGAACAACAACAGGAACAUGCACUGGAGGUGCUGGUUUCAGAUGGCGGUCCGAGUCCCAAGAGCACCACGCUUUGGGUAAUGGUUUCAGUGCUAGAUGAAAAUGACAACCGACCAACCUUUCAUGAGAAGGUCUACCAGGUCCGACUUCCAGAGAGAGAACGGAGAAACAAGGCCGAGCCCAUCUAUCGGGUUUUUGCUUUCGAUGAGGAUGAAGGGCCCAACAGUGAUCUCUCAUACAGCAUUGUGGAUGGCAACGAGGAGGGAAAAUUCUUCAUAGACUCCAAAACAGCUGUGGUGUCAUCGCGCAAGGCCUUUACUGCGGGGAGCUACGACAUCCUGACUAUCAAAGCAUCAGACAAUGGCCGUCCCCAAAAGUCAUCAACAGCUCGACUUCAUAUCGAGUGGAUCCAGCGACCACCUCCUUCAUCUCUUCCAUUGCUCUUUGAUGAGCCGUUCUAUAACUUCACCGUCACAGAGAACGACAAGGUGGCUGAGAUUGUGGGUGUGGUGUCUCUACAGCAGAACCCAUCUCCAGUUUGGUUUGAUAUCACAGGUUCCAGGCCUCUCCGGGAGAUGUUCUAUCUCUUGCAGAGCACUUGUUUCAAGAACUGUUCCUCAGAAGCUGGAAACAGUGACAGUGUGUUUGAAGUGGGGAAGACUUCGGCUACCAUCAUCAUCGCCAAGCCUCUGGAUGCUGAGCACCGCUCCUUCUAUAACCUGACAGUGCUGGCCACAGACGGCACCAACACCGCAUACACACAGGUUUACAUUACCGUGCUGGACACCAAUGAUAAUGAUCCUGUUUUCUCACAACAAAUCUACGAGGUCGUCAUUUCGGAGGAUACACCACCCGACACCGAAGUGCUCCAAAUAAAGGCAUCUGACCGGGAUGUGCAUCACCAGCUCACCUAUGCUCUCCACAGCUCCAUCGACUCUAGAAGCCUGCGUCUGUUCCACAUCCACCCCACCCUGGGCACCAUCUCCACAGCUCAGAGGCUAGACCACGAGGCUUGUGCCCAACACAUUCUGACUGUCAUUGUCAAGGACCAAGAGUUCCCAUACAGAAAAAAUCUUGCACGUGUACUGAUAGAGGUGGAAGAUAUAAAUGAUCAUGCACCCUUUUUCACCAGCCCGCUUUAUGAAGGCUCAGUUUAUGAAUCGGCUGCUGUUGGGUCAGCAGUGGUUCAGGUUACUGCUCUUGACAAAGACAAAGGCAAAAAUGCUGAACUACACUACUCUAUUGAAGCAGGAAACACUGGAAAUGCAUUUAACAUCGAGCCAGUUCUGGGUAUUAUUCGUGUUGCACGUCACUUGGAUGUAUCAAGCAUUGGACACUAUGUUAUUAGUGUCAGAGUGACCGACAGUGGCACUCCUGCCCUGUCUGCUACAACAAUAGUUCGCAUUGCCGUCACCCUCUCUGACAAUUCAGGUCCGAGGUUCCCUCAACCUGAAUAUCAAACAGAAAUCAAAGAGAAUGCAAUUAUUGGGACCUCUGUCACCACAAUCAGUGCGGUCAGUCAGUCUACCCUCACUUUUGAGAUCAAGCAAGGAAACAUAGGACACGUUUUUCAGAUUAAUCAAUACAGUGGAGUCAUCACAACUCAAAAGCCCCUUGACUAUGAGAACAUAGCUUCGUAUACCCUAAUAGUGCAAGCUACCAACAUGGCUGGUAUGGCCUCCAAUGCUAGCCUCUUAAUUCAGAUAGUCGAUGAGAAUGACAAUCCACCAGUGUUCCAACAUCUUCACUAUCAUGGUAGCAUUUGUGAGUUAGCACCAAUCAAUAGUGUUGUCUUGAACUCGGAAAAUCUCCCUCUAGUAAUCAAAGCCACUGAUGCUGACUCCAACCAAAAUGCCCUGUUGGUCUACCAGAUUGUGGAGGAGACUGCAAAGAUGUUCUUCUCUGUAGACUCGGUUACUGGGUCAAUUAGAACCAUUGCUAAUCUGGAUCAUGAGACCUUUUCCGCCUUCCACUUCCAUGUUCAUGUGAGGGAUAGUGGUAGGCCCCAACUAACUGCAGACAGUCCAACUGAGGUGACCAUACAAGUGAUCGAUUCAAACGAUUCCCCUCCUGUCUUCAAACAGAGUACCUAUGAAACCGUUUUGCUACUUCCUACUUAUGCUGGAGUAGAAGUUGUGCAGGUAACAGCUGUAGACCCUGACACAGAUGUCCCUACAGAUCUGACGUAUUCUUUGGCUGAUGGAGUGCUGGAGAAUUUUUCCAUUAAGGCUUCUAGUGGUAUUAUUGUAGUCAAAAAUAGCAACUUCUCCAAAGAGGUUUUCCACCUUACUGUUAGAGUUUCAGAUGGCAAAUUCUCAAGCACUGUUUUGGUGACUGUCUUUGUCAAAGAGGCUCUUGAUUCCGGUUUAAGUUUUUCCCAAAGGGUCUACACCUCAUCUAUUAAAGAGAAUGUGUCAAAUAUCACCAUAGUCGCUGUCGUCAGCGCUGUGGGAAACCAACUCAACGAGCCUUUGAUGCAUACCCUACUGAAUGCUGGUACAAAAUUUGAAAUACGUCCGACAUCUGGAGUCAUCCAAACUACUGGAAUACCCUUUAAUCGGGAAGAACAGGACUUCUACGAGCUGAUUGUAGAGGCGAGAAGGGAGCAUGAUCAACAGCGUGUGGCCAGAGUUCUGGUUAAAGUUCAGGUUGAAGACAUAAAUGAUAAUGCCCCUGUUUUUGUUGGACUUCCAUAUUAUGCAGCUGUUCAAGUAGAAGCUGAGUCCGGAUUUCCAAUUUUCAGAGUCUCCGCAGUGGAUGGAGACAAAGGUAUAAAUGGAGAAGUGGUAUACUUUCUGAAGGAAGAUCAUGGCCACUUUAAGAUUGACCAGCAGACAGGAACCAUUAGCCUCAAAAGGACUUUUGAGUCAGAUUUAUCUAAUAAGGAGUACCAACUAGUGGUAGAGGCCAAAGAUUGCGGCGACCCUCCCCUGUCUUCUACCAUCACCUUUCCCAUCACUGUAGUCAACAAAGCCAUGCCUGUCUUUGACAAAUCCUUUUACUCUGUGUCUGUGAAUGAAGAUGUGGGCGUUCACACACCAAUCCUCGGCAUUAAUGCAACUAGUCCUGACGGGCAAAACAUUAUCUACACCAUUGUUGAUGGAGAUACAGCUCUUCAGUUUGGGAUUGGAUUUGAUACCGGAGUUAUAAGUGUAAUUAACUCUUUGGACUACGAAGACAAAUCAUAUUAUCGACUAACCAUUAGGGCCACGAACUACGUGACUGGCUCCCAUGCUGAAGUUGAUGUCGAUGUUUUGGUUCAAGAUAUAAAUGAUAACCCGCCGGUCUUUAAAGAGAUGUCCUACAGAAUUGUUUUGUCUGAAACUGUUAUGAUUGGGACUCCAGCACUUCAAGUCAUUGCCACAGACAAGGACUCAGAAAAGAACAAUAUUGUUAGUUAUCAGAUAUUCUCCAAAGAGCAUAACAGCACAGAUUAUUUUCACAUCGAUAGCAGCAGCGGAUUAAUCCUUACAGCACGGAUCCUAGACCAUGAACUUGUCCCAGAGUAUGAAUUUAUUGUCCGGGCCACGGAUAAUGGUUUUCCUUCAUUAUCCACCGAAGUCUCCGUCACAGUUCUGCUAAAAGACAUGAAUGAUAAUCCUCCAGUUUUCAACCAGCUGCUUUAUGAGGCUUAUGUGAGCGAGUUAGCACCUAAAGGACACUUCAUAACCUGUGUUCAAGCCUCAGAUGCUGACAGCUCCGAUUUUGACAAGUUGGUGUACAGCAUUUUGUCAGGAAAUGAAAGGAUGGAUUUUGUGAUGGAAAGAAAAUCGGGAAUUAUCAUGCUGUCCAGCCAUCGCAAGGAAAGAAUGGAACCUACUUACAGCCUCAAUGUUUCCGUAUCUGAUGGAGUUUUUACCAGCACUGCUCAGGUUCAUGUUAAAGUCUUUGGGGCCAACCUGCACAAUCCUGUGUUUGAGCAGAAUAUUUUUGAGGCAGACUUAAGAGAGAAUUCUCCUGUUGGAACCAAUGUAAUUCAGGUGAGAGCAACGGACGCAGAUCCUGGAGUAUUCGGCCACAUAACUUAUUCUUUUGUCAACGAUAUGGCUAGUGACCUGUUUGCCAUUGAUUCCAAUGGUCAGAUUAGCACAACAGAAAAACUUGACCGAGAGGACCCCUCUAGCAUGGACAUUGUUCUUACAGUGGCCGCUCAGGAUUCAGGGGGACGUGUUUCCUAUUGCACAAUUCAUCUCACUAUCUUAGAUGAAAAUGACAAUGCACCCCGCUUUAGUACCACAGAAUACCGAGCUACACUCAGAUUUGAUGUGGCCAAGGGGUUCUUGAUAACACAGAUUCAGGCUCUUGAUCCCGAUUAUGGCUCUAAUGCCAAAAUAACAUUUUCACUUUACAGUGAGGCCCGCAUCCCUGUAGCAGACAUUUUGGACAUAGACCCAGAUAGUGGUUGGAUGGUGACCAAAGGGAGCUUCAGCCACCUGAGAAACUCAGUAUUAUCCUUUUUUGUGAAGGCUGUGGAUGGAGGAAAUCCAGUUCGACACUCUUUGGUCCCAGUCUACAUUCAUGUUCUUUCUCCUGAGGCUUUCUUUCCUGACUUCAGUCAACACCAUUACUCAUUUAGCAUACCAGAGAACACGCCCAUAGGUUCAGCUAUUGGGAGGGUUCACCCCAAAAUUCCUCCUGGCCACAGCCCAUUUCCAGUUAGCUUUAGCAUCAUUAAUGGAGAAAGUAAGGAAAGCAACCUAGAUGGGGUGUUUUUAGUAGAGAGGAAUACAGGGGUGAUUAAACUGGAUAAGCCCUUGGAUCAUGAGGUGAUGAAAGGAUAUAACUUUAAAAUUGCAGCCACUGCACACCAGAGUAAGCUGGACGCUGUGAGUUGCGUUGAUGUUGAGGUCAAAGUUUUAGAUCUUAAUGACAAUAAACCAACUUUUGAGACAGACUCUUACGUCACGACUGUCAUGGAGGGGAUGGCAGUUGGAACAAGGAUCAUUCAGGUCAGCGCUCGAGACCCAGACUCAGGAGCCAAUGGCCAAGUAACAUACAGACUUGGGACAUUAAUCCGUGCAGAUGAACAUUCUGACACAUUGGAUCAGACUUUUAGCAUCGACAGUAAUACUGGUUGGAUAGUCUCAUGCAAAGAACUCGACCAUGAGUCCAAUCCAUCCUACAUAUUCACAGUGGUAGCGUCUGACCUUGGAGAGGCCCUAUCGUUUUCCAGUACCAGCACUGUGACAGUGACAGUGACAGACAUCAACGACAACCCCCCCAUAUUCAUGGAGAACCAUUACUUCAGUUCCGUUCAGGAGGGUGGGCCCCCAGGCGAGGUGCUGGCUGUGUUGAACACCAAGGAUAAUGACAGCUCUGCUGUUAACCGCCAUGUCAGCUAUGUCAUCACUGGUGGGAAUUACCGCGGUGUGUUUGCCCUGGGCCUGGUUCAGGGUGAAUGGAAGAUGUAUGUAAAGGGGCCACUUGACAGAGAAGAACGCAACCUCUACAUCAUCAAUGUCACUGCAAGUGACGGACUCUUUGUUUCCCACACGAUAGUGGAAGUGGCAGUGAUAGACACCAAUGACAACAGCCCUAUUUGUGACCAGGCUCUAUACACAACCAGCAUUCCAGAGGACCUCCCCAUGAAUAGUGUGUUGCUGAGGGUUGGAGCUGCAGAUGCAGAUGCAGGAAACAAUGCUCGGCUCAAGUACUCUCUACACGGUACCGGAUCCCAGGACUUCAGCAUGGAUCCAGACACUGGUGAAAUAAAGUCAUCAGUGAUUCUCGACCGUGAGAUCAUUCCUAACUACCGAUUGAUUGCUAAGGCAACUGACGGUGGAGGGCGGUGGUGUGGUGCUGAAGUUCAUCUAGUGAUCACAGAUGUGAACGACAACCCCCCACUUUUCACGCUGUCUCAGUACUAUGCCAGUGUGUACGAAGAUACACCAGUGAAGGCCCUGCUGACUCGCAUCCAUGCCAUAGAUCCAGAUGAAGCAGGUCCGGGUCGCAUGGUGGUCUAUUCCCUGGCUGACUCUGCUGGAGGUUAUUUCUCCAUUGACAAGUUUACGGGCAUAGUGAUCCUGGAACACAUCCUGGAUCGGGAAGUCCAGUCGACUCAUCAGAUAACCGUGGUUGCAUCUGAUCAGGGUUUGCCGCUUCCUCUAUACUCCCUGGUCAACGUCACAAUCACUGUGCUGGACAUCAACGACAACCCGCCUGUUUUUGAGCGCCGCGAUCAGCUGGCGACCGUUCCAGAGGACCUGGGAGUUGGCACUGAGGUUCUGAGAGUGUAUGCUGCCAGCAAAGACAUUGGGACAAACGCAGAGAUCUCCUACAGCAUCAGAUCAGGCAAUGAGCACAGGAGAUUCCACAUCCACCCACUGACAGGUGCCAUUUUAAUUGCCCAGCCUUUGGACUAUGAGACCUGCAGGGACUAUUUCCUAACAGUGGAGGCUCGUGACGGCGGCACUCCACCUCUGAGCGCCAUUACUACUCUCAACAUAAACCUAACGGAUGUCAACGAUAACGCUCCAGUGUUCAGCCAUGACCUUUAUACUGCUGUUUUGCCAGAAGAUUCAACAAUCGGACAGUUUGUAGUUCAGCUUAUAGCAGAAGAUGCUGAUAGUGGUCUGAAUGGAGGCAUCCUCUACUCCAUUUUCAGCGGAGACCAGGACAACGACUUCUUCAUUGACCCUUUUAGCGGGAUCAUAAAGGUCAACAAACCGCUGGACCGCGAGACAGUUCCCAGCUACUCACUUGUUGUUAGAGCACUCGAUACGGGAAGCCCACCAAUGUCAUCCACUGCCAUGGUCAGCAUAAAGGUGUCUGACAUCAACGACAAUCCACCCACCUUCUUCCCAGCAAACCUUACUGCUGUCAUACAGGAAAAUAAGCCCAUUGGCACCAGAAUUCUGCAGCUGUCAGUCAUCGACCAGGACUCCACUCACAACGGCCCGCCUUUCUCCUUCAGCAUCCUGUCUGGAAAUGAUGGCAGGGAGUUUAGGUUGGACUCAGAUGGCACAUUGGUGGCAAAUCAAGUCUUCAGAAGGGACAUAGCAAUGGAUUAUGUUCUUCAGAUCCAGGUGUCGGAUUCUGGCAAACCUUCAUUGUCCUCCUGCUCUAAUCUCACUGUUCGAGUGAUUGAGGAGAGUCUUCAUCGGCCAGUAGCCUUACCAAUGGAAAUUCAUAUAAUCACAAUGGAGGAUGAAUUUCCAGGUGGUGUAAUCGGGCAGCUCCAUGCCACAGAUGCCGACCCUUAUGAUGCACUGACCUUUGGACACGCAGCCCCCUCCCAGCGCAGUCUGUUCAAGAUCAGCCCCCACGAUGGGAAGAUCAUUGCCCUCAGUGGGUUGGAUGCAGGUGAAUACUUCCUCAAUGCCAGCGUUAGCGAUGGCCGCUUUAACGUGCCUGUUCCUGUGAGCGUGCAUGUAGAGCAAGCAUCCCCUGAUAUGCUUCGUGACGCUGUGACUGUGCGCUUUGAAAGUGUAGCGCCACACGACUUUGUAGCAUCAUACCUGAAGAGCGUGGUGAAGGUGAUGCAGCAGGCGGCCACCUCCCAACAGCACGACAGGCUGCACCUGCUUAGCCUGCAACCAGUUGGUGGAACACAGCAACUGGACCUGCUUGUUUCCGUGGAAACAGCAGGAGGGGGUUACUAUAAGGCCGCUUACCUGACUCAGAAACUUAGCACCUCACGGCGGAAACUGGAGGAUGUGCUCAGAGUCUCAGCUAUUCUGGAUAAGAACUGUUCUGGGUUGGAGUGUCGGGGGGCGCAAUGUGAGCAGAGUAUCACUCUGGAUUCACACAACUUGGCGACAUACAGCACUCCUCGAGUCAGUUUUGUCUCGCCUCGCUUCCACAGGACUUCACGCUGCACAUGCCACGAUGCCAGUUGUGCGGUUCUGCUAGAACAGUGCGAGGACCAGCUGUGCCCACCAGACAUGCAGUGUGUUUCAGUAGAGCCCACCAGAGGACGCUACGCAUGCCAGUGUCCGCGGGGCAAACUGGGGGAAUGUGCAGGUCACACGUCACUGAGUUUCUCAGGCAACAGCUACAUUAAAUACAGACUGUCCAAGCAGCUGCAGAUGGAGCUGAAACUGACCCUGAGGAUCAGGACGCUGCAGAGCCGAGGAAUCAUCAUGUAUAUGCACAACGAGCGCUGCGUUAUUCUCAAGUUGGACGAAGGGAAGCUGUGGUUCCAGCUCUCUUGUGCCCCACUGCUGAAUGGAGGUUCUGACGGUCCUGACAUGUUGGGUCCUGCUGGACGUUGCAUCAAUGAUGGGAACUGGCACACUGUGGCACUGGAACUGAACCGUAAUUUCAGUAGCCUGGCUCUGGAUGACAGCUAUAUCGAGCAGCGGCACCCCCCCUCCCUGAUCCAAACAUUAUCUCCAGAUCGAACGUUCUACUUUGGAGCGCUGGUACAGCCGCCACAUUCACGUAAUCUCGUAGCCUCCCAGAAGGACCCACGGGUGUAUGAGGGAUUCCAAGGAUGCCUUGAUUCAGUCAUGCUGAAUAAUAAAGAGUUGCCUCUGCAGAACAAACGGUCGCAGUAUGCAGAGGUAGUGGAACUAACAGAGCUGAAGCUUGGAUGCAUUCUCUACCCGGAUGCCUGCCAGCAUCAACCCUGUCGCAACGGCGCCACUUGUACCAGUCUGCCCUCUGGUGGCUUUACAUGUAGCUGUAAUCCUCAGUACACCGGACGAAGCUGUGAGACGGAGAUCACAGUGUGUGUUCCCAGCCCCUGUCAGAACGGCGGCGUGUGUAAACCCAUCGGGAACGCAUUCCUCUGCAGCUGCAGGAGAGGCUUCAGGGGCCUAAUGUGUGAGGAAGACGUGAACGAAUGUGACCGAAACAACCCUGAGGGUGAAUGUGAGAAUGGAGGCACAUGUAUCAACACUCCCGGCUCCUUCUACUGCAACUGCACACCUGGCUUUGUGGGGCAGCGCUGCACUUUACGACCUGUUGUUGUCCCGGACAUGCAGGCUGGUCAUGCUGUGGUUGGCAAGGAGGAGUUGAUUGGCAUUACUGGAGUGCUUUUUAUCAUCAUCAUCCUUAUUGUUCUCUUCAUUGCUUUCCGCAAGAAAGUUUUUAAUAAAAACUACUCAAGAAACAAUCUAUCCAUGGUCCAGGAUCCAGCCACUGCAGCACUUCUUAAUAAGGCCAGCUGUGUUCCAUUAAAGACUCUACACUGCACUCCUGGAGAACACCAAAACCUGUACUCAGAGUCAGGGCUGCAGACCACCUUGAUGGGAGGGGUUGGUGUCAUUGGACCCCCUCAGGUCCCUGUAAGACCUAUGGCAUACACACCUUGCUUUCAAGGAGAACCACUCUCUAAACUAGAAAAGCUGUCGGAAAAACAAGGCGGGGAGCAUACAGAGAUGAGCACCUUUCACCCAGAAUCACCAAGAAUCCUUUCUGGAAUCAUCAGAAGAGGCAUUGUGGUGUGCAGUGUGGCCCCCAACCUGCCACCAGUCUCACCCUGUCGCUCAGACUGUGACUCCGUACACAAGAGUCCUUUGGCCAGCGAUGAGGAUAAAGUGGUCAACGUGACAGAGGAGGACACAUGUUUCUCAGGUAGCAAUAAAGGCUGUAACUCAGAGGCCCAGUCUCUGAGUUCCUUUCAGUCCGACUCCUGUGAAGAUAACGCCUCCAUUGUGACUGUCAUUCGACUUGUCAACGAUGCAGUUGACACAAUCGAAAGUGAAGUGUCAGUUAUGGACCAUUGUGAAACCUACAACAGAGCUUACCACUGGGACACAUCUGACUGGAUGCCAACCAGGCUGUCAGACUCUGAAGGAGUGCAGAACUUGGGGUCACCUCCUGACAGUGACGCCGUUGGCUUGGACCCCUCUCUGGGUGGAACACCACAUGGGCUGGAGUCAGAUUACUACCUGGGAGGCUAUGAUGUGGACAGUGACUACCCCCCUCCACACGAAGAAGAGUUCCUGAGUCAAGACCAGCUCCCACCGCCGCUGCCUGCCGGUGAGGACUGCCCAGAGCCGUACACACCGCUGCUCUCUGCUGCCUCCAAGGAGACCAUCCUGAACCCGAAUAGCACAAGGCUUCAGGACACCCGGCCAAGCUUCCACCCCAGCCAGUACCUGCCCACCCACCAUCUACCCACUGGGCACGUGCCACACAAAGACUUCAGCACACCAGUGGAGCAGGUGUCUCCCGUUAACGGGGACUCUGCUGUCUCACUGAAUAUGCACCUAUCCGUUGGUCCGUCAUCAGCCUGCCAAACGCUGAGCUCUGAACAUGGCAGUGUCCAUGAAGGUCUGAGCGAGGUUCGCCGAGGGGUGACCAUUAUCACCGACUCGCAGCAGCAAACUGAAGUGUGAUCUUCUAACAGGAUGGGAUGGAAGAUCUCACAUGAACAGCUUCUAAAAUAUUGAAAGGGAAGACAUUUAAAACCCAUGGCACAAUCCUCUCCUUCUGUGUUGCUGGGUCAUGUAUGGGUGCUGAUCCUGUAUUCAAAGCAUAAACUUCGGCCAGUUUCUGUAUUUUUCUACUUAAAACACUUUUUGAGGAUUGAUUUUGUUGAUUAAGGCAAUCUUAAAAAAAAAUGCCACAGAAGCUACUGAACUGAUUUCUACAAGAAAAUGAGUGAUUGGCCCCAACUUUCAGCAUAAAACUCUGUGAUGACAUUUAACAAGCCUUAUGACUGCAGACGGUCUAUUUUCUAUUAGGAGUGGAAGCAGAUUGUUGUGUGCAGGUCAGGAUGAAAAAAA